AUGACUCCCGUCGCUGCCCAUACGACGGGCUCUUCCGAUGCUGCCGCUGCCCUCAGGGGCGCAACACUCGCCUUCAACAAGACCAAACCUGCUCCUCCACCUCCGCAGAAGGACAAUGGCGCCUUAACCGCUGCGACAUCCGCCGGACGACCUCGAAGCCCUACCAAGAACCUCGGCGCGCAGAGCACAGGCGGAAGCACAAUCGACAACGAACAAUUUGGACAAAAUGGGGGAUCAAUAGCGGCGAGGCUGAGACAGCUGGGCCAUAGUCCGGGCCAGCUUCAUCCGAGUGGAGCUAGGGGAGGCACAGAUCCUAAGAGCGCAAGCUUCAUAGCUGCCACGCUGGCAGCAAGUCGGAGUGCUAGUCCUAGUCCCAAGGCUCGAACACCGCGGAGGAGGACGAGUGUUGAAGGUUCGUCGAGCAGUGGUGAGAUUGUUGAUUCAGGGCCUAUUGCGCCUACUGGAUCACUUAUCUCAAUGUUUGAACAAAGCCGCGCUGGUGACCCUGUGAAGCGAAGCUCUCCCAAAAGGACUCCUGCCAAAGCGCCUAAAGAACAGGUCGAUAGCAUCUCGGAAGAAGGGGUAACGCAAGAGGAGAGACAUUCACUGGAAACCAAACCGAAACCUAAGCCCAAGCCAAAACCAAAACCGUUGACACCGGAGCCUCGGACACCCAUCAAACCAGCUCCCGAGGUAUUGUCACCUAAGCCAACACUUCCUCCCAAGCCAGUUCUGAGCCCGAAUCCUGCUCUGAGCCCGAACCCAGCUUUGAGUCCAAACUCUUUUAGGAGACCAAAGACACCUCCUCAGAUUGUUGCUCGUCAUGCAACCAACCCUAUGCCGACGCCAUCGCCAGAUCCUCAGAAGCGCAAUCCCAAACCUAGGGAACAACCUAAACAGCGACCCCCGACACCACCGCAGCCCAGAGGGACAAGCAAACCAAAGGUAGAGUCUAAGAGUGUCUUACAUGAAAAGUCCCCAACCAUCACACAAAAACGUGCCGCUCCUCCACUCGAACCUCGACUAUCUCGUCCAAGGACAACGCCGCCUACUCCUACAGAAGCACGGCCGACAUCGGCACUGACAGUAUCUUCGGACGAUACCUUCGUGUCUGCAUCAUCUGUUCAGUCGCCGGUACGAGAAUCUCCUCCGGUGAUGCCUGUAAAGAGGCAUUUCACGGGUAGUGUUCCGCCAUCACCGACUCGAGAUUUUCGACGCAGCCAGUUCCAAAGCUCAUCAGCCACAAGCCUCCCACUCGAGUCUCUCACGAGCGCCAUCGUGGCUGGUUCACUCGCGUCUGCUCGUCUUACACCACACAAUACGGGAGGCAGUCUAGCGCCCCCAUUGCCUCGAAGGCAAAAAUCACCUCGUCUAAUGCAGACUUUACGGCAGCCGCCGAAGCCUCUAGAAGAGGAUACAGAUCGACACAAAAGGAAGGGGUUGAAGCUUCACAAAGGAAAGCACGCGCACCACGAAGGUUCGCGAAAGAAGUGGAGAGAAGAAGUAACACCACGAGAGCGGAAACGAUAUGAAGCAGUUUGGGCAUCUAACCGUGGCUUGUUCCUUGACUUGCCCAACGCGCCUCUGGAUGCAAUGAACGGAGACCCCUCAGAGUAUGUUCUCAACACAGUUGUUCGAGAAAUCUGGAAGCGGUCCCGUCUACCGGCAGAUGAGCUGGCCGAGGUAUGGGACCUGGUUGACCGCAAGGGACGAGGCGUUCUGGGACGUGCAGAGUUUGUUGUUGGCAUGUGGUUGAUCGACCAACGCCUUCGUGGACGCAAGAUCCCAGCCAAAGUGAGUGACAGUGUCUGGGGCAGCGCCAAUGGUAUACAGACCAAGAAAAAUGGCCACAAGCAUUAG